AUGUAGCUUUCUUAUGAUAAAAUACUUAAUUCUAUUGAUUAACUUUUAAUUCCUUAGUAAUUUCCAAAAUUGAUACUCAAUCUUCCCACUUUACAUUCAUUACCAUAAGAGAGAUAAUUAGUAAUAAAUUUCGCAAAUGAAGUUGUUUAAGAAAUUACUCCACAUAUUAAUAAAUUUAGACUCAUCUAUAAUAAAAAGUAAGAAUAAUUCGACCUAUCCCAAAUUAAAAAUUCUGAAUUACAAAACACUUUAUCAGAGUUCAAAGAAAUUAAGAGGAAAGAGUAAAAUAAUUAUGAUAAGUUGCUUUAAGAUUCUCAUAAUUUAUUGUAAUAAAAAGAACUCGAAAUUAAAUAAUUACAGCAUACUCAAAGGGAACUUAUAAAAAAUCAAUAAAAAACAUGUUAAGAACUCCAAAAGUAAAAAGAUGAUUUCAUGAUAGAAAUGCUUAAAAGAAAUAAGAAAAUAUCUAAUAGACUGAGUAAUUACAAAUAUCCAUAUUAUAAAAUUCUUUUACUUUUUCAGAAACUUACAAAUACCCAAGAUGUUAGGUAUUGUAGGAUGGAAAGAUAUUUUAUAAUAAAGGUGGAUUUUUAUCAUGUUUAUGCGAUUAAGCUAUCUCUAAUUAAGGUAUUGUGAGAUUUAGUUUUUUAAUACAUGAUAUCGGAACUAAUUAGACUAUGGUUGGAAUAGGAGCAAGAGAAAUAAUCUCUAAAUCUGGGUAUUCGAAUAUACAUAUUUCAGGUAGAGGGUAAAUAAUAUUUAUAAUUUUAGAGCCUAUCUUAUAAUGAGUAGUGGCUAUUGUUUCAGCCAUCAUCAAAAAGAGAAAUAUCAUAAUUCAAUUCCAUUCUCUUUUACUAACAAUGA